AUGCGCGUCGCCUCCGUCCUUCCGUCGGCCACCGAGAUCCUGUGCUUCAUCGGCGGCGAGCGCUUGCUCGUCGGCCGGUCGCACGAGGACAACUUUCCGCCGCAGAUCACGUCUCUGCCGGUCAUCACGGGCCAGACGACCACCUUCACCACGGCCGCAGAGGUCGACCGCGUUGUCUCAGAUUCGAUCGGUAAGGGCCAGUCGCUCUACACGCUCGACGCGCCACUGAUCGAGUCGCUGUCUCCCGACGUCAUCCUGACGCAAGACAUCUGCUCCGUGUGCGCCAUCGACCUGCAGACAGUGGAGCGGCUCGCGGCCAAGAUGACGCCGCGGCCGAAAGUCGUGUCGCUCAACCCGCUCAACCUGGACGACGUGCUCGCCAACGUACUGCAGCUCGGAGAGGCGGUCGGCAUGGCGGAGGAGGCGAGGGCGGCGCACGCGUCGCUGGUCGAGCGGAUCGCGGCGGUCGACCGGCGGGUGGAGCAGCGGCGGCGGCAGCUCGGCGAGGGGAGGAGAAGGCCGCGCGUCGCCUUCAUCGAGUGGUCGGACCCGCUGUACGUGGGAGGGCACUGGACGCCGCAGCUGAUCGAGCGGGCGGGCGGCGAGCACCCGCUCAACGCCGGCGGAGAGAGCGGCGGCGGGAAGUCGUUCCCGGUGGUCGAGGCGGACCCCGACCUGGUCAUUCUCGCCCCGUGCGGGCUCACUCUGGACAUGACCCGCCGAGAG